AUGACAGCACCAAAUGCCGCAAGCGUGCCGAAGAUUUCGAAAUUCGAUAAAAGAGUAGGUGUAAUGGGAAAAGGAAUAUCAGGAAGAGUUGAGUUGUAUCUGGCGAAAGGGGGCAUCAAAUAUGCGGUGAAGGUAUAUCACAUCCGAGAAAAGUAUGAGACAAAGAAAGAGUACCGAUAUAGGGUACUUCAUGAAUACAGAAUUCUUCUCAACUUGCGCCACUGCAAUAUUAUUCCCGUUUAUAAGUAUGAUGUUCUGCUUUUAGACUCCACUGUAAAGUUGUACAUGAUGGCUGGCACACCCCAUCUACUUAAGGUCCUCGAGUCAGUUAAGUUGGUUGAUUUAGAAAUUAUUUGCUAUUGGAAGCAGCUCUGCCUGGGAGUACUAUAUCUACAUAGUCAAGGUAUAAGUCACCGUGAUUUAAAGUUGGAGAAUAUCGUAUUUGACGAGGAAUAUAAAUUGUUGAAAAUUAUAGAUUUCGCUACCGCUGAUAAAACACCGGGUCUCUCAGUUGGUUUAGUCGGGUCGGAAAAAUAUGCUGCUCCAGAAACCUAUUCACACAUUAAGUAUGAUGGGAAAGUGCUGGAUAUUUGGUCCAUGGGGAUUAUAUUGUACUACAUGUUACACAGCAAGUUUCCCUGGAAACAAGCCAAUCGAAAUGAUUUGGAUUAUACCGGUUAUACCAACACAACAACCUCACAUAAUCUAUUGCACUUCAACGAGGGGUCAGAAAUUACGAGUCAAAUACUUGAGCCAAACGUGGAGAAAAGAGUCACAAUUUUUCAACUAUGGGAAGAUGCUUGGUUUCAAACUUUACAGUUUUGUUCAGAGUCUGAUAAUUGUGGAAUAACCCACACCACUCGACCUCAAAAUGACUCCGUGGAAUGUUAG